UAAGUAUAUUCUUAGCCACAAUGCAAGUUUCUUGUCCAAACAACGUAAAAAUUUAUAAUCUGAGCGCCGGAAAAUCUCUUCCAGAGUGGUUAUCAGAACGUAAAAGACGAAGCUUAUUAAAAAAGAAUGUCGAUAUACGACGUCGUAUCGAGCUUAUUCAGGACUUCGACAUGCCCGGAGUUAGCACGUCGAUUAAAGUUUCGAAAGAUGGACAGUACAUUUUAACGACAGGCAUAUAUAAACCACGUGUAAAGUGUUUCGACGUCAAAAAUUUGUCUUUGAAGUUUGAAAGAUGUUUUGAUUCAGAGGUUGUUACUUUCGAUACGCUUUCAGAUGAUUAUAGCAAGUUGGUUUUCUUACAUUGCGAUCGAACUAUUGAGUUUCAUGUUGCUCAUGGCAAGUAUUAUAGGCUGAGGGUACCUCGUUUUGGAAGAGACUUGAAGUAUCAUUAUCCUUCUUGUGAUAUUUUUGUAGUGGGAGAUAGUAACGAAAUUUAUAGAGUAAAUCUUGAGAGAGGGCAGUUUUUGCAACCUUUCAUGACAGAUGCUUCAUCGAUAAAUAAAUGCGAAAUAAAUCCAGCACAUCAUCUUGUUGUUGUCGGAACUCAAGAGGGAAAAAUUGAAGCAUGGGAUCCACGAACAAGAAGCAAAGCAGCUACCUUAGAUUGUGCUGUGUACUGCGUUGGACAAGACAAUAAAGUACAGGCUGUUCCUGGUAUUACUAGCUUGAAGUUUCAAGGUGGGUUAACACUUGGUGUUGGUACCUCAACUGGACAGGUACUGUUAUACGACAUUCGUUCGAGCAAGCCUUUUCUAACAAAGGAUCACAUGUAUAGAUUACCAAUCAAGAAUGUAGAAUUCCAUCGGACAAUGGAUCUAGUUUAUUCUAUGGAUAGUUCUAUUGUGAAAAUAUGGGAUAAAGAUAGUGGUAAAUUGUACACGUCUAUAGAGGCACAAAAUGACUUUAACGACAUGUGCGUUGUACCAAAUACUGGAAUGGUUUUAAUUGCUAAUGAAAGUACUAAAAUGCAAACCUAUUAUAUUCCUGCUCUUGGACCAGCUCCUUAUUGGUGUAGCUUCUUGGACAGUUUAACGGAAGAAUUAGAAGAAUUAAACUAUGAAACUAUCUAUGAUGAUUAUAAAUUUCUUACUGAGAAAGAAUUGGAUGAAUUGGGUCUGUCGCAUUUAAAGGGCACUAAUUUACUUAGGGCCUACAUGCAUGGAUACUUCAUCGACAUUCGACUCUACAAGAAGGCACGAGAUGUGAUGAAACCGUUCGAAUUCGAAGAGUACAAGAAAAAGAGAAUUCAGCAGAAAAUACAGGAAACCUGUGGCAGCAGAGUGCAGGUUCAUAAAGUACCGAGUGUAAAUAAGGAGCUUGCCUUGAAACUAAUGGACGAUGAAGUGAAUGUAAAGAAAAAGAAGAAAAACGCUUCCAAUAUUCUAACAGACGACCGUUUCAAGGCACUGUUCAGUAAUCCUGACUUUGAAGUGGAUAAAGACUCGCAGGAGUAUUCUUUGUUAAAUCCUGUUAUUUCUCAGCUGGAUAAAGGUAGAAUAAAAAAAAUGAAACAGAAAUUAAUCCAAGCAGAAGUACAACAAACUAUGGAAAUUGAAAGUGACAAGAAUCAAGAUAACAGUUCAGACGAAAGUUUCAUUCACGAUGAUAGUAGUAGUUCAGAGGAUGAAAAACCAUGGGUUAAGGAAGUAAAGAAACAAUAUCGGUUAAUACGGAAGAAUGAAAGACAAAACGAAGAAAAUGACGCAAGCGAGGUAAAUAAUGAUCAGGAUGUAAGAAGUCGUACAAAGCUUUACGAAAUCAGGGAUGAUAAUGUCGAAUUUAGAGACGCAAAACCGAUAUCAAAGCGGCAAAAUAAAGCUACUUUGGGAGACAGAUUAAAAAAUCAAGGGAUUCACGAUGUUAGAGAUUCUAGUUCUCGUGGCAAUAGAGAAAUGACUUUUGCCGUGGAAAAGAAAAUGUCGACUGGACGCAGAAAACUGCAAGUAAAGAGGCACGAGAAAGAAUAUAAACAUCUUUUAAGGCCAGCAGGAAAUCUGUAUAGGAAAAGACGCUAACAAUUAUUGUUGUAUCAACGAUAUAUAUAUAUAUAUAUAUAUUUU